AUGGAUAACGUCCUCCAGGUUGACUCAGACCUCUUCCCAAACAUCUCCACCAACACCUCGGAGCCCAACCAGUUCGUGCAGCCGGCCUGGCAAAUUGUCCUUUGGGCAGCUGCCUAUACGGUCAUCGUGGUGACCUCCGUUGUGGGCAAUGUGGUGGUGAUGUGGAUCAUCCUGGCCCACAAACGAAUGAGGACAGUGACGAACUAUUUCCUGGUGAACCUGGCUUUUGCAGAGGCAUCCAUGGCUGCGUUCAACACGGUGGUGAACUUCACCUAUGCUGUCCACAACGAAUGGUACUACGGCCUGUUCUACUGCAAGUUCCACAACUUCUUCCCCAUCGCCGCUGUCUUCGCCAGCAUCUAUUCCAUGACUGCUGUGGCCUUCGAUAGGUACAUGGCCAUCAUCCAUCCCCUCCAGCCCCGGUUGUCAGCCACGGCCACCAAGGUGGUCAUCUGUGUCAUCUGGGUCCUGGCUCUCCUGCUGGCCUUCCCCCAGGGCUACUAUUCGACCACGGAGACCAUGCCCAACAGAGUGGUGUGCAUGAUUGAAUGGCCAGAGCAUCCCAACAAGAUUUAUGAGAAAGUGUACCACAUCUGCGUAACUGUGCUGAUCUACUUCCUCCCCUUGUUGGUGAUUGGCUAUGCGUACACUGUUGUGGGAAUCACACUGUGGGCCAGCGAGAUCCCUGGGGACUCCUCUGACCGUUACCAUGAGCAGGUCUCUGCCAAGCGCAAGGUGGUCAAGAUGAUGAUCGUCGUGGUGUGCACCUUUGCCAUCUGCUGGCUGCCAUUCCACAUCUUCUUCCUCUUGCCCUACAUCAACCCUGAUCUCUACCUUGAGAAGUUUAUUCAGCAGGUCUACCUGGCCAUCAUGUGGCUGGCCAUGAGCUCCACCAUGUACAAUCCUAUCAUCUACUGCUGCCUCAAUGACAGGUUCCGCCUGGGCUUCAAGCAUGCCUUCCGGUGCUGCCCCUUUAUCAGUGCCGGCGACUACGAGGGGCUCGAAAUGAAAUCCACCCGGUACCUCCAAACCCAGGGCAGCGUGUAUAAAGUCAGCCGCCUGGAGACCACCAUCUCCACGGUGGUGGGGGCCCACGAGGAGGAGCUGGAGGAUGGUCCCAAGACCACACCCUCGUCCCUGGAUCUGACCUCCAAUGGCUCCUCUCGCAGCAACUCCAAGACCAUGACAGAGAGCUUCAGCUUCUACUCCAACAUGCUCUCCUAGACCGCAGGUCUUCAGCAG